AUGGAGAUUACAAAAAUCAAGAUGAAAGGAAACAGAUCUUUUCCAGUAGCAUGGAAAUAUACUAGUGAAGUUGCUAUGAAGCCACAAGUAGACAUCUCAUGGAUCUGGCACAAGAGAUUUGGUCAUUCUCAUUUGAACAACCUUAAGAUUCUUCAACAAAAGAACAUGAUGCAUGACUUACCAACUAUUGAAGAUAUCAAUGGAAACAAUGAGAAAAUGAUUGAGGAAUUUAAAAAAGAGAUGUUGAAGACAUUUGAAAUGACAUACUUGGGCUUGAUGCGCUACUUUCUCGGAAUUGAGACAUACCAAUCAACACCACUUGACAAUUGUCAAACAAUGAAGAAAGAAGGUGGAUCACCACCAGCUAAUAGCUCGGCAUUUCGAAGUCUCAUUGGAAGUAUCCUAUAUUUAACAACUACUAAACCAGACAUCGUGUAUGCAACAAGUUUGCUAUCAAGGUUCAUGCAAAAUCCAACUCAAGUGCAUUAUGGAGUUGCAAAAAGAAUACUCAGAUAUCUACAAGGAACUAAAUAUUAUGGUAUAUGGUAUAGACCCACUUCUAAUUCACAAUUGCUUGGAUUCACAGACAGUGACUGGUCAGGAUCAGCAGUUGACAUGAGAAGCACUUCGAGCUAUGUGUUCACUAUUGGCUUAGGCAUUUUCUCUUGCGCCUCAAAGAAGCAAGCAACAGUUACACAAUCAUCUGCAUAG